CAAGAACAUGACAAUGGCAAUUAAAAAAGCAAUUUGCCAAUAUCAAUGCCAGGUAUGUAUGAUGUUUUUUAAAAUACGUUAAAGGUAAACGUAUUCUUUAUAAAUAUAGAAGACUUAUAACUGGAUUUACAAUGUCAUAUUUUUAGACGUCAUCAAAUAGAAGGUCCAUCAAAUGAUAGCUCCGCAAGGUUUGAAAUCAACUUCAUUACAGAACCAGUGCAAGAAGUUAGAAGAGAAGACGUGAUUGAUGAAGUUAUGUUAGAUGUUGAGGAACCAAGAAAUACAAUCCAAUAUAAAAAUGAAGAAAUGGAAGAAACAGUGAACGAACCAGAAAGCUUAAUUCUAUAGGAAGCUGAAGGAAGUGCAGAAUUAGUUGAUGAACCAGCAACAGAAGUUGAUCCACUGAUAGAUAUCAUUGGACAUCGACGAGAAGAAACUGAAGACGAAGAAGAAGAAGAGAGUGAAGAAGACAUUGAAGAUGAUAAUGUAUUUGUUGAUAGACAAAAUGGAGGAUGGGAAAAUGAUGGGGAUGAGCCUCUUUAUGAUGGAGCUACCAUAUCUGUAGCAGAAACAAUAAUUGCAAUUUUAACUUUUGUCUUGAAAUUUAAUUUAACUGGUACGUGUUUGAGUGCUUUGCUAAAAUUAAUUGCAUUGAUUAUACCUGCGACUCCCAGAUUUAAAAAAACUAUCUACAAAUUCCACAAAUUUUUCAAUAACAUGAAGUCUCCUCUCAAAAGACAUUAUUAUUGUUCAUCAUGUUUUGUGCAUGAAAACGAAAAUGAUAAUGAAUCAUGUAGUUGUGAAACAGCGAGUCUAUCUUAUUUUCUGCAAAUACCUAUUGUCAACCAGUUGCAGAGUUUAUUGUUAAGACCGAAUUUUUUGGAUGAUUUAAAUAAAAGUCCCACAAUAGGAACUUCAACAGUAAUAUCAGAUAUUUAUAAUGGAGAAAUGUAUAAGAAUUAUACCGAUGAUAGUGGAUUAUUGGCACAUAGAAAGCCUAACAUUUCUUUUAUGUUUUAUACUAAUGGUGCGCCUGCAUUUAAAUAUUCAAAAUGCAAAGUAUGGCCUAUAUAUCUAAUAAUUGACGAAUUACCUUACAACAAAAAAAUUUUAAAAGAAAAUAUCAUAGUUGCUGGCAUAUGGUUUGACCCAGAAAAUCCAAAUCCCAAUCUCUUCCUUCAGCCUCUACACACUGAAAUAGUGCAAUUACGACGCAAAGUAUUUUUUCAAACCCCAGAAACCACUGUUCCAAUAACAAUUAAAGCAUUACUCAUUUGUGGCACAUGUGAUAUUCCGGCAAAAGCUGACUUUCUCAAUCAUAGCCAUCACAAUGGUUUUUAUGGGUGUACAUUAUGUUAUUCAUCUGACUAUAACAUAUCUGGCACAAAUUUCGGCAAUACGCAUGUUUAUCCCUUUGAUGGACCAUUGAAAUUACGCACUGUUGAUGAACAUCGUCAAGAUGUUGAAGAGGCUUUUAUUGAACAAGAAAGAAUUUUUGGAGUGAAAGGACCAUCAUUACUAUUCUCCAUAAUGCCAAAUGCAAUUAAUGGAAUGUUCAUAGAUACCAUGCAUUGCGUAUUUAAUGGUGUUGUUUCAAAGCUAGUUCAUUUAUGGUUUGACACUUCUCUACGUUAUGAAAGAUUUUCAUUACAUGCGAAUAAAGCAAUCGUAGAUAAUUACUACAAAUCCAGCCAAUAUCGUCUGUAUCAAGAAUGCCCCGCUCAAUAUCGGAUACUUUUAGUCACUGGAAAGCAAGUGAAUGGAGAAAUUUCUUUUUUUAUUACUCGAUUCCGAUACUUCAGGAUGUAAUGAGUGCCAAGUACUUUGAACAUUACCUACAAUUAAUCCAAGGAAUUUAUAUGCUUAGCGCCAAUAGUAUUUCUCCAGAACAGUUAUGUCAAGCUGAAAAAUUGUUAAUUUGCGUUGUGAGUAAUUUUCAAGCUUUGUAUGAUGCCCGAUUCAUGUCUAUAAAUAUUCACUUGUUGAUGCACUUAGCUGAAUCAGUCCGAAAUACAAGUCCAACCUGGGUAACAACAUGUUUCCCUUUUAAAUAUCUAAACGGUAAAUUAUUGAAGUACAUACAUGGUACUAAUCAUGUAGGUUUACAGAUCGGCUCUAGUGUUGCUUACAGUAUCAUAAUAUCGAAUGUGGUAUCAACGUUAAAUCACGAUUUGGAAAUAAAAAAAUUCUGCUCAGACCUUUUGAUAACCGGAAAACGUUUAAAAAAAACACAACAAAUUUGUGAAAGAACGUACACUAUUGGUAAAACGAAAACUUAUAAUAAUGUUCCAGGAUUAAAGCUAUCUACUUUUCGUGGAAUUAAAAAAAAUGGGAAUAUUAUAUACAAUAUUAACUCUAAUAGAUCGCGACUCUGUGCAUCUUAUGGAGUCGUAUAUAGAGAAAAUAAUACUUCUGAAAUGAAAAUUGGUUUCAUUGAAUCAUUUCUUAAGCUGUGCUACUGUAAUGACCAAUGUCAAUCAGCAUGUCCCCAAGCAGUGUAUAUUGCUAUUGGUAUAAAUGGUUCAACAAGUCAUUCAUUUAGCACGUCUUUAAAUAUGAUACUUGAUAAUGACGUUAACGAUACAAACUACCAGCGCAUUCCACUUUCAUAUAUUCACAGGUUUAGAGGAAAUACUACUAGGAAUGUAAUAUUGAUUAGUAGUAUAGAAUCAAUUUGUUUCACCUUGAAAAUAAAUGGAAAAAUUUAUAUUGGUGAACUAAUUAAUAACGUUGAUUUUAAAGGUGCUGAUUAGUUUGAGUUACAAUAGCUUAGAGCAAUUUUUAUCAUUUUAGGUUAAAAAAAUUAGAUUUAGAGUAAUGUAAUGAUAUGGGCGCCAUGUCCAGCUCACUGUCUGCUAAUUUAUGUAAUAAUGUUCAAUUUAACGUAUUAUAAUAAUGUUAUUCAAAUGUAUUUUCAAUAGUAACUGGAUUUUGUGAAUGUAUCUUCUACUUAAAAAUUGAUUUUUUAAUAAAAAUAAUAAUAAUUGUUGAGUACUUGAUUGAAUAGAUUUAGCCGUGCAAAAAAUUUUCAUGCAUGAUUAAUUAACGAUAUAUGUUUUAUAUAAGACGCAGAUGUGGUAUAUAUCUAAAAAUGUUAUCGUGGGACGUGAACUUCAGAGUCCAAUAUUUAGAAAAAUUUUCAAGUCCAACAUUCAAGAAAUUUAUUAGGUCCGAUAUUUACAAAUUUUUAUAAGUCUCAUAGUGGAAAAAAUUCAACUAAAAAAUUCUUCCGUCUUGUUUCAGUUUCAAUUCCGUUUGAACUUUCUCACUAGCAUAUCUCUUCAGUACAUUGUCAGGUAAUUUUCAGUGGCUAAUAUUGGUUUCGUCUUGUUUCCGUUCGAAAUUCGUCUAAAGUCCUGUUUUCAGUCUUAUUUCAGUUUUUUUUCCGUCCUUUAUUUUCACUCGGGUCUUGUUGAUGUGCUUCCUGUCAGUAAAUUCAACAAUUAGUUUGUAUUAUCUGUUAUAUUGUAAACAGACGAUAUCGAUUAUAUGAUAUUCUUAAUUCGUCGAAACCCAUCGAUAAUUCAUCAAGAGAAAAUCCUCGAAUGUCUUCAUCCUAAAUAAAUAAUAAUUGUUACAAAAUUAUUUCGAAUGAUUAAUAAUCCGAAUUUGCAAAUUAUUAUUUAUCAUAUACAUUAAUUUAAUUUAUGUCUUAUAUAGUUUCAAACAGAUGACUGUAAUUUAUGUGUUAGAGUUAAUUUAUUGACUCAAUUGAAUGAUAAUUACAACAAGGGAUAGAAGUUUACAAGCAAUUGAGUCAUAUUAUGACUAUUGAAUUAAGUACACAUAUCUUGAGAAUAUCCGACCUCCAAUCAGCAUUAAAUAAAAGACGGGUUUUUGAGAUCUUACUGACUUACUAAUAUAGGGAUGACUAGGAUUUUCUUGUAAUAAAACAACACAAGUCAUGCUAGCAAUCUCCUUCCACCUCCUCUCUAAUCUUUCUAAAAGUUAACGUAAAUCUUAAUUUGCUUGGGUCUUUUUGACAGAAAAAAAAAAUCAAAUCCACAUUCCUUGGAUUUAUACAGUAGUGAUGCUGAUUGGAACAAGGUAUUAGCAAAUGUUCAUACAUUAUCGUAAAGAUUAUUAUAGGUAAUUCAUCGUUCGUUAUAAGUGUAAUUGAAGUUUUUCAUUGUAUCUGUAGCCAACUACAUCAAAAGGAUUAUCCAGUGCAUAUUUAUCGAAAAAAAUAAUAAAAUGUCCUUCAACUGAUAGUGACUCAAGUGAUUCAUCUAAAAAGAAUUAUGAAGAACUGUUAGAAAGACACAAAAGAUUAAGAAGAAAAUAAAGCAACUACAACGAGAUAUUUUUGCCACAUCGUAAAAAAAAAUUAAUUCAGAAUAUGGGUAUAAAAUUAAAAGGGAAGCACUUUAAUCGGCUUGGGACAAACCAGAUGCAAGUAAAGUGGUUAUAACGUUAACGUAUGCGAUAUUCGGUUAUAAACUCUUAUCUGAGAGCUGAGUAAAUGGUCAAAAAAGACCUGCUCUCAAUAAAGAUGGAGUGAUGGUUCUAAAAAGGCUAUUUCGAAAAUGGCUACAUGCUAAAAAACUUCCUGAUCGAGUAAUUGAUCGUGAACUUCGAAGAGUCAAUGAAUAUCUUGGCAGUGCAAUAACAGAAGCCAUGAGGCACCUGAAGAGUGAAAGGUAUAAACAAAUGUAAGGUUUAUCGUCGUCUUUACGCGGGAGCUUUACAACUCUUUUCUAUUUUUUUGGUCUCUUUACGCAAGAGCACUGAAUUAUGAUAAACAAAGGUACGUAAUUUCAUGUAGUUACCUUUCAUCUGUAUUCUUUGAAAAUGAGUGACUGAAAGUAAAAGUUUCAUUAUAACAGUAAACAGUAUCCAACAAUAAACAACUCGUUUUUCGUUUUGAACAGAUUUGAUUAAAAAUAUUGUUGAGAAAAGCUCAACUUGUGAAUUAACCUAACCGUUUAAGGAUAGGGAUGAUUGUCCCGGAACAGAGCAAA